CAAGAUGCAACCAUUAUAACGAACUCAUGGCUAAACGAAACAGCAGAGAGAUUCGCCAAUGACGUGCUAGUUAUAGGAACAGAUGAAGAUGACCAUGAUGCAGACAACCUGUAUAAUUUCCAUCGUUCUUUUCUGCGCAUGGCCCUCCUUUAUGAAGAUUUGAGGGAAGCCAUCAAGUACGAAGAUGGCCCAAGAGUUAUCCAACAUUGGCGAAUGUGGUUACUGUACUUCCUCGCAACAAAGAGAAGCAACUACAGCAAUGAAGCAGCAAAUCUCUUAGCCAAUCUGAAGGCUGACUUUUCCAAGAGGCUUGCUUACAUAGUAACUCACAACAGAGCUGUUAAUUUUCUGGGCAUACCUGGUCAUGGGAAAGCAAUAGACAUGGCAGUAGAACACCACAAUCUUGUCAUCAAAACAGCUUUACGAUCUUCUGGUGGCAGUAUCACCCUCCAUCAUUUAAGAGUAAUAAGCUUAGUAUCUCAGCUAUUACAUGAUGCUGCACUGUUAUGCGAUCAGGAAGUUCAUGCUCCUCAUGUAGAUACAAGGCAUACAAGUACAAGUGCUGAAAAAGACAUCCAAAUGAUGAAAUCCAAUCUAUUGGCCAGUCAAGUCACUUGUCGGAUUCCCAAAAGAAAGUUGCCAUCUAACAGACAUUUCACAACACCAGAGAAAAAAGGAUAUGAAGUUGCCUUAUCCAAGCAAUGGAUUGCAAAGUUCCUAAGUAAGACAGACCUGAGAAUUGAGGACAAUCAGUCCACUGAAGACCAUGAAGAAAUUGAUUCUCUUGAUGACAUACAGCUAUGACAGAAAUAGACACUUGUACAUAAUAUCGUAACUACUUGUA